AUGCACUGGGUGUCCACCUUUCUUGCCCUGGCCCUGACAGGUGCAUUGCAAGUAGAAGCCUCAGAUGCUACGAUUUUGACCUUCUCUCCCGGGACAGAAGAUUCCCUGAGUAUCCGACCUAAGCAACAAACACUAUCCGAGGAUGAGGCUCGACUUGUCUUGGAGCUUCGCAUGCAGUCGUCUGUCGCAUCAGUUCUUGGAAUGGUAGAUGCAGACACAGUGGAUCAUUUAAAUCAGUUUGCUGAAGCUGGUUCUACCCUCUUUGGGGGAUCCAGUGGGGCGCAAACUCCCGGGAAAAGCGUCCUUAUUUUAGAAGGGGUAGAUCAACAAAAUACUCUUAUAUUGCAAAAAAGCCAACCAAGCCAUAUUAUUGUCCCUCGAGUCUCCUCGCAAUUCGUCGGCGCAGAUCUUCUUGGAUCAUUUACUGAAGGCGAGGACAUUGGACAGUACUGUGAAUACCAUGCCAACGCUGAACAGAGUGCUCGGGGAUGUCUAUUCCAGGACCCCAUGCUUGCCGGUCAGUCAGGUCUGUUUGACCGUGCUUCCCUUGCCACAAUCGAUUCAGUGGAGGAUUGGACGAGCAAGGACCGCAAGGACUCAAUUUUGAAGUUGUCCUUCAAGGACUCGGGCGAUUCUCUCGAGUGGCUAGAAUCAUUGCUUCUCCGCCUGGCCGAAUCGUCAUCAACCAGCAAGCGUGAAAUUACGACCGUGAUUCUACCCCAGAGCUCUCAAUCCACAACACUUGGCCCCCGAGGCGCAAAACGCUCCUCAUCCGUCGGCCGACAGAAUGUCUUCGGACGGUCUGCGCAAGAUUCGUCACUCCACUCGACCUUGGCGCCUAUCUGCCACGCAUCGAACUCCUCAUGUGCUGAAACAACAAACCACUGUUCUGGGCAUGGUUCAUGCUAUCUCAAGUACGGAACGGGCUUGGAGGGAACCACGGGAAAUUGCUAUGCAUGCAAAUGCCAACAAAGCGUCAUCAAAAACAGCGAUGGCACCACUAAAACAGUUCAGUGGGGUGGCGCGGCUUGCCAGAAAAGAGAUAUUAGCUCCCCCUUCUUCCUUGUUGCGGGUGUCAGUCUUCUUGCCAUCUUGCUGGUUGGCAGUGCCAUUGGAAUGCUUUUCAGUAUGGGCUCACAGGAACUACCCAGUGUUAUCAGUGCUGGUGUAGGGGGUCCCAAGAACCAGAUGUGA